AUGUCAAGUUCCUCUGAAUCUUGUUCGCUUUCCGAUUCAUCGUACCUUUCAUACCUGCAAGCUAUCAUUGACUAUGGGGAAUCAAGAUUAAGAAACGCCCUUUGCGAAAUUCAUACAAAACCUCUGAAACAUCAAAAAGGGCUGCAGCUCUUGCUGCGUAAAGAAUUGGUUCGUAUACAGAUUUUUCAAGGAUAUAGCACCACUAUUGGUCAUGUUGUUGAUGUGCCAUGUUUCCUGCGUACAUUGGCAAAAUCGCCGUUUGGAAGGGUGUCACCGAGUGAUUUGCCUAUUUCCUUCGAUAUUAAAUUCAUGCAAUCAUUGUAUUCCGGGUUGUCAAACAAAGCCAUUUCUAGAACAGUGGACAGUUAUAAACAAGCAUGGUGGAAGGAUUCAGAGGUACUUGGAGGACAAGCAACCGGGAAAGCUAUUGGUGAUUGGUCUGUUGAGGAAUGCCUUCGGUAUCAUUGUGAGCAGCUGCAUAUAUUGGUGGGACCUGAUAUGUCGAGCAUAAUCAAACCCAAUCAUGGCAUGCAAAACUGGUCAUUUGGUAGUGACCCAGCCGUUGUGUCAGAAUGGAUCUCAGUGGUGGCAUGCGCAGAAAAGGAUAACCUACUGGUGGUUGGCCACCGAGGGGACCGUACAGAGCAACCUGCAACACCUACUCGAGUGCUUUCAAGCUCCCCGGCCGCGAACGCAAAUCAAAAAGUAACGGGCAGACCUCGGUAUCAUGCAAAAGAUUGGUGGCCAGACGUAAACAGUAAUAUGAGUGUUUCAAGCCAAGAAUCGCCGUCUCCUCACAAAGCAAAUACCUUCAAUGUAUCUAGAACCGAGCUUCCCACAUCGUCCAGUCCAGUAGAUGCUCAAUAUCACAUUUCGCCAAAUGACAACCAGGUGGGCGAAGAACAGUCACAUGCCUCACAGAAACGGCGAGAAUACAAAAAUGUUCUAUUGCACACCCAAUUUGAAGAAGACCAUCCACUAUAUGCCUCGCCAUCUACACUCACUCACCUUAACAAUCCCACACCAAACGCCUCGCCAUCCACACGCACCCACAUCGGCAAAUCUGCACCAACAGCAUUUCCAUUCCGAGACAAUCUGGCCGCCCUAUACAAUAGCCUGAAAUCGGGUGGAAAUUCUGCAUUACAUUCUGAUGGUGACAUGUUUCCUUCUGAUGACGAUGGCCCUUUAUUACAUCCCGGGAGCCAACAAAAUAGUCAUUAUGCUUCUAAUCAUCUACAUCGACCGGCAUUUGAGGACAAUCUUGCUUUGAUGUAUUCCGACCUCACACCAUCAGCCAACGACAUUGCAUCACAAAAUGAAGACAAGCUAGCCGCUCUUUUUUGCGACCUUUCACCUGCUUUUCCCAAUAACCCCGAUCGCAGUGCAGUCAACGGCAUCGCAUCACAGAAAGAAGACACGCUAGCCGCGCUUUUUUGCGACCUUCCACCUGAUUUGCCCAAUGACCCUGAUCAUAGUGAUGACCCAUCAGUAUAUUCUGCCAAAAUCUCCUCGCCAUAUCAUGAUGAAUCGAUGUCGGAUUCAGGCCCAGUGACAUCCAACAGUCUAUUAUCGUGUGAGGAUAAGCUUGGGGCACUUUACUCACAGAUCUCCGACUGCGAUGUUCGUCAUACCUCAGGAUGCCGAAUUCAAUCGGUAUCAGUAGGAUCAACUGAAUUAAAUGCCUCGCCAACAACCCGAACAUCCUAUAUUAACGUUGAAGCAGCUCAAGAAAGGAUGCACCCUCCAUUAGAUACGCCGGGAGCGUUAAUACAGGACGAUCUGGCAUUCAUUACCGCCCCGGGAAUCAACACCCUCGCCAUGUAG